AUGGAGCCCCGGGCGGUUGCGAAUGCAGUGGAGACGGGGGAGGAAGACGCGAUGGUGGACGCCUUGCGGACGUACAACCAGGAGAACUGCCAGAGCUUCACGUUUGAUGACGACCAGCGGGAAGACCGGAAGAGACUGGCUGGGCUGCUGGUGUCCGCCCUAGAGCAGGGCCUGCCGCCCUCCCGCCGCGCCACCUGGCUACAGAGUCUCCGCAUCCUGUCCCGGGACCGCAGCUGCCUGGAUCGGUUCACCAGCCGCCGGAGCCUGCAGGCCUUGGCCCGCUAUGCUGGCAUCUCCACCUCCGAGGAGCCUGACCCUGAGCCCCAAGACAUGGACAUUGUGCUAGAGUCCCUCAAGUGCCUGUGCAACCUCGUGCUCAGCAGCCCCACUGUGCAGGUGUUGGCUGCUGAGGCCCGCCUGGUGGUGAGGCUCACAGAGCGCGUGGAGCUCCAUGGGCUGCAGAGCUUCCCGCACGACGUCCAGUUCUUCGACCUGAGGCUCCUUUUCCUGCUGACGGCAUUGCGCACCGACGUGCGCCAUGAGCUCUUCCAGGAGCUGCAGGGGGUGCGCCUGCUGACCCAUGCUCUGGAGCUGACACUGGGGGCGGGCCCCGAGGAGAGCCCCCCAGAGCGCCUCCCUACCCAGGAUACUGAACGAGCCAUGGAAAUCCUCAAAGUGCUUUUCAACAUCACUUUUGACUCGGUCAAAAGGGAGGUGAAUGAGGAAGAUGCUGCCCUUUACCGGCACUUGGGGACCCUUCUCCGGCACUGUGUGAUGGUCUCGGCUGCUGGGGACAGAACAGAGGAGUUUCACGGCCAUGCGGUGAAUCUCCUGGGAAACUUGCCCCUGGAGUGUCUUGACGUCCUCCUUGCUGCAGAGCUGCACGCGGGCUCACUGGAGUUCAUGGGAGUGAACAUGGAUGUGAUACAUGCCCUCCUUGGCUUCCUGGAGCGGCGUUUGGACCAGACGCCCCGGCUGAAGGAAAGUGUAGCCCCUGUAUUGAGCCUGCUGACUGAGUGUGCCCGUGCACACCGCCCAGCCAGGAAGUUCCUGAAGGCCCAGGUGCUGCCCCCACUCCGGGAUGUGAGCACCCGCCCUGAGGUUGGGGGGCUGCUGCGCAACAGGCUGGUCCGCCUGAUGACACACCUGGACACAGAUGUCAAGCGAGUGGCUGCUGAGUUCCUGUUUGUGCUCUGCGCUGAGAGUGUGCCCCGAUUCAUCAAGUACACUGGCUACGGGAAUGCUGCUGGUCUCCUGGCUGCCAGGGGCCUCAUGGCAGGGGGCCGGGCCUCAGGCCAGUACUCAGAGGACGAGGACACAGACACCGAGGAGUACAAGGAAGCCAAGGCCAGCAUAAACCCUGUGACGGGGCGGGUAGAGGAGAAGCCGCCCAAUCCCAUGGAGGGCAUGACAGAGGAGCAGAAGGAACAUGAAGCCAUGAAGCUGGUGAACAUGUUCGACAGACUCUCUAGGCACCGAGUCAUCCAGCCCAUGGGCAUGAGUCCCCAUGGUCACCUCACAUCUCUGCAGGAUGCCAUGUGCCAGAGCAUGGAGGGGCAACUCUCCUCAGACCCAGACUCAGACCCUGACUGA